AAAGUCCUAAUAUUGAAGAAUACGAGCAUUCGUUCUUUGAAGAUAUACGACCAAUCGGAAAAGGUUCUUUUGGAAGCGUCGUACGUGUGAAUUUGAAAAAUACCGAUGAUCUCUAUGCUUUAAAAUCUCUUAAUACCGACAAAGUAACCUUGCAUGAAAUUGUCAAUGAGUUAAAGAUACAUCGAAAAGUUCACCUUCAUAAAAAUAUCAUAAAAGUUUUUGGAAUCAUAAAAGAAGAAACUG